UUUGCACAAGUUGCACGUUCAGUGUUGUUUUAUUGGUACUAACUCUGAUGUUGCACACAUCGCAUGGCGAGGGACAGGAAAGGGUUAAUUUUUUCCGCCGCCGACAUUUUUGUUCGGCGCUCUACGGCAACUUUUUAACUUACAUGUGCAACGAACUGGCGCUGUGUUUCACAACUACCCAUCACAUUUAGGCGGUAGCCUGCACAGUGUGGGUUUUUACAUGAAUUACAGCCUCGCCGGCUCGGACGCCCUCCGCUCUUUGUUGCACAGAGCUGCUUAUGCUCAUCACCUCAUGCAUGGAUCAGCGUUUGCUAGCGAGAGCUAGCGCCGAGACGAGAACUGCAUUUUCAGCAAAACAGACGAACGUGAAAGAUGUAGCUGUCACUGUCAGCAUAUAUGUCUCAAAGCAUAGCGCCCAGUAGUUUACAGCGUAGUGUCCGUUACACCGAACGGACACGUUUGCUUCUGGGCAGCUCUAAUAUUGUCAGCCAGUGCCUAAGGGUUGAAUGAACUUGGCAGCAUUUUGUCUCUUGAACACUCCCACAGUGUACUAACCGAGGCCCCCUUAGCAACCCACAGUAGUUCAAACAACAAACCGGGGUUAUAAGUAACCAAUAACUUUACUGGCUUCUCUGUCAGGUGGCCAAGUGUUUCCCACUGGCAUGUUAGCGCGGGUCAUUCAUUUGUUAUUUCUGUUGAUCUUACACAUAUGAGAUUAAAUCACCACGCGUUAACCUAUUGUGAGGUUUAUGUUGUCAGUGGUGAGUGUGUGUGCCACAGAGAGAUGUUUAAUUUUAAAAAAGUCUUGGAUGAGGUGCUAUACAGUUUAUAAUAAUUUGUAACUUUACAGUCUAGUAACACCAACCUUUUGUUGUCUCGCUAAAGCGACAUAAUUUAAUAAACCUUGUGCCUGGAAAAGAAAACGGACUUGGCCAGAUACAGUUCCAGUCUUAAUUUCUUCAGUCUAAUUUUUUUUCACCUGAAGCACAUGUACAUGUUUAUAAUCUAACUCCAAUACAGAAGCUCUGCAGCUUUUGGCAUAAUUUCUUGGGUUGUGUUGCUCUGGCAAGGAAUAACUAAUAUUUUGUCUACAAAAUAUUGUUUGUUACUAUUAUUUAGCGUUGACUCAGCUCUGUGGUCAUUUCUGUCACUUGGGGAAAAAAAACAAUGACAAGACCUAAACAUUAGUCAGUUAAUGGAUCAGAAAAUGAAUUUGCUACUAUUUUGUUAAUUGACUAAAUGUUUAAAAAAAUUCUUCUUUUCCGUUACUCUGUUGUGAGGAUUUGCUGCUGCUUUUCUCUGUUUUAUAUUAUUGUAAACUUGAAUAUUUUUAAAUAUUGGCCAGAAAAAACAAGAAACAUUCAAAGGUGCUACCAAGGCCUGUUGUAAACUUAUGAACUGACAUAAUUCAUUCUGUUUUGACAUUUUAGAGUAAGCAGUUCAUUGAAAAUAAUUGUUGGUGUCAGUCCUAAAGAUGAGAACAGAGUUAAAUCAACAGGUCUGACAUAGUCUUAAAAUAUUGAUAUUAUAAACUACACAAACUCCGGACUCAUUGCAGUGCCGUUGCGUCAGAUCGUACUGAUGUUCGAGCUAAUUUGCCCUUUGAGUCAUGAUUCAUUUGAGGUGAUGCAGAAAAGAGCACAACUAGUGAAUAACCUCAGAUGGCAUUGCAGUACGGGGAAUUAAUUUAUUUUUUGAUUAUUGUAAUUUAAAGUUUGUGCACUUAAUACGAUUUUCUUUCAGCCCUCUGUGACGUCCAGACUGUGUUUCUAAUCACCAGUUUAAUUUUUUCCUGUCCUGGUUUAUUAAUGUGAUCCUAGUGGUGAGGGCCCAGUGUUUCUUCAGACAUGUCCGUGAGGGAGUCCUUUAACCCCGAAAGCUAUGAGCUGGACAAGAACUUCAGGCUCACACGCUUUGCUGAGCUCAAGGGCACAGGCUGCAAGGUGCCCCAAGAUGUGUUACAGAAGCUGCUAGAAACCCUACAGGAGAACCACUAUCAAGAGGAUGAACAGUUCCUGGGGGCAGUUAUGCCUCGGUUAGGCAUUGGUAUGGAUACCUGUGUGAUACCCCUCAGACAUGGAGGCCUUUCUUUGGUCCAGACUACAGAUUACAUCUACCCCAUUGUGGAUGACCCCUACAUGAUGGGACGAAUUGCUUGUGCCAAUGUCCUAAGUGACCUGUACGCCAUGGGUGUGACAGAGUGUGACAACAUGUUGAUGCUUUUGGGAGUCAGCAACAAAAUGUCAGAGAAGGAGAGAGACAAAGUCAUGCCACUGAUCAUCCAGGGAUUCAAGGAUGCAUCAGAGGAGGCAGGCACGUCUGUAACAGGAGGACAGACGGUUCUCAACCCCUGGGUGGUGAUGGGAGGGGUUGCUACAACCGUCUGCCAGCCCAACGAAUUUAUCAUGCCAGACAAUGCAGUGCCAGGAGACGUGUUGGUGUUGACCAAACCACUUGGAACGCAAGUGGCCGUUGCAGUACACCAGUGGUUAGAUAUUCCUGAGAAGUGGAACAAGAUCAAACUGGUGGUAACCCAGGAAGAUGUAGAGCUGGCCUACCAUGAAGCCAUGAUGAACAUGGCUCGGCUCAACAGGACAGCGGCUGGUCUCAUGCACACCUUCAAUGCCCACGCAGCCACAGACAUCACAGGGUUUGGCAUCCUUGGACACGCUCAGACGUUGGCACGACAACAGCGAAGUGAAGUGUCAUUUGUCAUCCACAACCUCCCGGUGCUCGCCAAGAUGGCUGCCGUGUCCAAAGCCUGUGGGAACAUGUUUGGUCUCAUGCACGGCACCUGCCCUGAAACAUCAGGAGGCCUGCUUAUCUGUCUGCCCCGGGAGCAGGCUGCCCGCUUCUGUGCCGAGAUCAAAUCCCCAAAAUACGGAGAGGGCCACCAAGCAUGGAUCAUUGGGAUUGUAGAGAAAGGAAACCGCACUGCUCGCAUCAUUGACAAACCUCGGAUCAUAGAGGUGGCGCCACAAGCUGCCACGCAGAAUGUCAACCCAACUCCUGGUGCGACUUCUUAAUCCUCCUUUGCUGAAACAUAGACCGGAACCCAAAAGCUCUGCUGAGUGAUUUUAGACACAUAAACUACAAAACCAUCCUAGAGUGUUGAAAUAUAUACACAAAAUAGUAUGUAUACAGAAAAGACUGGGUUGGCGUGUAUCUACAUGAAAAACAGCCCCACACAGUGGCCCGGGGAGCAUGUCACCACCCAGUGGACUCAACCUGCAGUAUCCCCAUGAUAAAAAUCUUAAAAUCCAUAUGCCUUUUGUGUCUGUUGUAUUCUGUUAUGUUAAAUGUGCUUGACUGGCAGGCAGCUUCUGGUAAGAGAGUGAUGAAGACAAUAAUCUGAUACUGUUGAUUCAUUUUGAAUCUUAGGAGGUCUGGAGUCUGUUGCCUCUUUUAAAAUUGCUCUCAUCAAGGACCGUGUGAUGGUGUUUUUGUUUGUCCGUUCACUUUGUACAGUUAUAAAAGCCUAGUUUUAGUUCAUUGCUGUAACUGAUGCCUUGAAAGAAACCGAGUGUGACCAGAAUGGUUUGUUUUUUAUUACUUUGUUUUUUUGUAUUGUCCCCACGUAAACUAAUAAAUAUUCAAAUAGUAGAUGGUUUGUUCUCGCUGUUUGGGAGCUUUGGCCAUGUGAAUGAACUGAAUCAAAUGUGACAUUAUAGAACUUACUGCAGAUUGACUUUUUUUUAAAACAUAAACAGCCGAUGCUGCUCUGUUGUGCAUUCUGAAGUCAGAGAUGAAUCAUGGUUUAAAGUCUUAGAUGAAAUGAAAUCUGCACAACCCUCAGAUGAGUCUUCUGCUGUCUGCUUUCCUAAUAUCAGAAUCAGAAUUGAGCAACUGUAUAAAAGGAAAAAAAAAGUUUGUCAGUCAACAAGUGCUCUAAACCGUGAGCUUGUUUCUUGAUGCCUUUCUUCAGGAUCUGGUGCAUUUCAUUUUGCUCCCUCAAUGUUGCCAGAAGCUGUGCUUAGAGAAAUCUGACUUGCGGUAAUGAAGAUCUUUGUUUAUCCUAAUAGCUGGGAUGAAUCUGGAAGGCCUCUGUAAAUGCUCAUACCGAUAUCAGGAACCGGACAUAACCUUCACCUCACCUCUUCUAAUAAACUUGUCUUAUAAUA